GAAGCCAUCAACAUAAUCUGGGUGAAGCUGAGCCAGCUGGAGGAAGGGUACCAGCCAGCUGCCCGCGUCUUCCAGUGUGCUACCUGCCGCCUCGUGGACUGCCAGUUUCCCCUGGACUGCCCAGUGCAGGACAUGUGGGCCCGUGCGGAUGAAGCCAUCACACUGCGCUGCGACGUGCCCUUUGCCACCCCCCCUGACCUGCCCAUUACCUGGAUGUUUGCCAAGGAUCUGCGCACACAGGAUCUGGCGCUGUUUGAGGAGCUGCAGGGGAGUGCAGAGAGACCUCUCAGUAUGACCUUCCAGGACCCCACUCCGGGAACCAUCGCCUGUUGCCUAGGGGUCCUUUCUGAGCCCUUGGUCCGCAAGUACUUCUACCUCAACGGCUGGCCCAAGGACUGCAGCGAGGUCCCUGCUGGCAGCCCCAGCGGCGUCUACGUCAUCCAGCCCACAGGACUGCACCCCAUCGUGGUGUACUGCGAAAUGAAUGUGGCAGACGGGGGCUGGACGGUCAUCCAGAGGAACCGGCAGAGCCCCGGGCUAAGCACCUACAAGUACGGCUUUGGGAACGUGCACACCGAGUACUGGCUGGGCACUGAGUACAUCCACCAGAUCUCCAACCAGAAGGUCUACCAGGUCAGGUUUGUCAUCUGGGAUGCCGCAAACAACACCAAGUUUGCAGACUACAAUCUCUUCAGCCUGGAAGAUGAGUCCCAGGGCUACCGGCUGAGGCUGGGAGUGUACUCGGGGUUGGCAGGGGAUGCCAUGGACUCAGACAAUCCCAGGAAUGUGCACAACAACAUGAAGUUCUCCACAAAAGACCUGGAUCAGGACACUUACAGCGGGAACUGUGCCUCCCGCUCUGGGGGCGGGUGGUGGUACUCAGCGUGUUAUUCUGUACGGCUGAACGUCAACGGGGGCAUAACAUGGGGCAGCCUGUGCAACGGGAACUGCAAAGCUUCUGCCAUCCUCAUCAACCCAGCUCCGUUCCAUUAG